AUGAAACGACCCUACUAUUACAGCAAAAAUGGUGAAUCAAUUGUAGAACCUAGUACAGCAGCUCAACGUCGGGUUAUUUCAAGUACAAUUACUGGUCAAAUUUACAAUAUCAUGGGUGAUGAAUGGCAAGAAUUAGCAGAUGCAUUGCAUCAAUUGGCGGUAGCUCAUGGUGCCGUGAGUCAGAUCGAAUUGGAUGAUCCACGUGUCGGUGAUCUUUGGCUCGAUUUUUUUAUUGGAUAUGAUGAUGCUGGUAGUGCUAAAAAAUUCGUUAAUUAUCUUGAAGCUUUAAAUAAAAUUCAACCAUUAAAUCAUAUUCGUAUGAUCGAGUAUGCUCCAGGACCAAAUCCUCAACCGCAACCAAUUAUUUAA